UAUUAUCAGUACAAUUUAGUAAAGCAAAACGUUUAUAAAUAAAUCAAAUCGAGAGGAAGAUUUUGACGGCUUUUCUUAAAAUCAUUUUUGAAGCGUAACGAUUGAGGCUUUUUUUCAUAUUAACAAAAUGUCGAGUUUACCACUCAUUCUAAGUUUGGCUGAUGAUUUAAAUCGUCUAUCGAUGGCUGCUUCGCCAUUCUACGAUCCAUCGUUGUACUAUGCCCGUCAUCCUUUAGCCCUUUUAACCGGCGAACAACAACAACAACUCCGGAAUCGUGAUCUGUUUAAUGCCGAUCAAGUCUCAACCAUUGGUAAAGACGGUUUCCAGGUAUGCAUGGAUGUACAGCAAUUCAAACCGAACGAAUUGGUAGUAAAAGUUGCUGACAACUGUAUAAUUGUUGAGGGUAAACAUGAGGAGCGCGAAGAUGAUCGCGGCUUCAUUUCUAGACACUUUGUACGUCGAUAUGCGCUGCCCAAAGGCUACGACCCCAAUAAAGUUCUGUCAACCCUGUCUUCAGAUGGUGUGCUAACUGUGAACGUGCCCAAGCCAGCAAUCGAAGAUAAACCAAAUGAACGUGUCAUCCAAAUUCAGCAAGUGGGACCGGCUCAUUUGAACGUCAAGGAAAAUCCAAAAGAAAUCAACGAAGAGUCCGCUGAGAAAGAUUCAAAACAAUCCAAAUUGUAAAUGUUUUCGCUUUUUGGUCGAUUCUCAGGACGAAUUCAUUUAUAGAAUGCAGUGAAAUAAUUAUUAAAAAAUGAAGUCCGGAUUUUCUUUCUUUUUAAGUUUUAUUAUUUAAUGUUAUUCUUUUAAA